CCGCCGCCGGACGUGUGUGUAACUUUGGCGCGAGAAUUUUGUUUGGAUUUCGAUUUUUUUUCGUUUACGAACCGCGCCGUUCCUCCAUAAUCAUCGAGAAAAUUUUUGUCGGUAGACACUUAAUAUAAUAUUGAGUUGUAUUCGUAACUCGUACUCUUCUUUUUUUACGCGUUCCUGGCGUCCGCCGCGGACGACCACCGGCGGCGUGUGCCCCGUGGGGCCGGCUCGGAUAUCCACAAACGGAUUUCACCGGUAUCGAAACCCAACCGGAACCGAAAUAGUGACAGUGGUCGAGGUUGCUAUCAAAGUAACUGGUAACCGUCGUCUACGGUGGUGGUGGUGGUGGUGGUGGUGGAGGAGGAGCCAUGCGAAAACCAAAGAAAUGUCACUGUCCAUUCAAAACACAUAUUGUGUGUCUAUGAUACACACCUUAUGCAUGUUAUGCCAACGGUUGCUGCAGUGAUAGCAGUGAUAGUGUCACCGAAGAAACAUCAUAAUUUGACUGUUAUCGUGAGGAGUAAGCGGMGUAUAAAAUUGACACAGUCGCCUGAGUAAAUAUCAAUGGGGUGGGCGAUUGGCGUGUGGAUGAUACAAUCCACGUUUGAGGUGCAUUUUGGUUCAACUGCAGACAUGAGGACGCCAUGUUAAGGUUUGUCAGGCGUUGUGGUACAACCGCGAUAAUCGGAGCUCGACUGAGGGUGACGAUAAACGGUGGCUGCAGUGGUUUCGUUCUGUUCAGGUUAACAUGGUAGGUGGUCACCAGCCGCAGUCGACGGGAGGCGCCAACUGUACGGGCACUAUGAUGAACAUACUGAACAUAGACGCCGAGAACCGGGUGGUGCUGAACGUCGGCGGCAUCAGGCACGAGACCUACAAGGCCACAUUGAAGAAAAUACCGGCCACGAGAUUGAGCCGGCUGACMGAAGCGUUGGCCAAUUACGACCCUGUGCUAAACGAAUACUUCUUUGACAGACAUCCUGGUGUGUUUGCUCAGGUCCUCAACUAUUACAGGACGGGUAAACUUCAUUACCCGACGGAUGUUUGUGGGCCGUUGUUCGAAGAAGAAUUGGAGUUUUGGGGUCUGGACGCGAACCAAGUGGAACCCUGUUGCUGGAUGACCUACACCCAGUUAAAAAUGAAUAUAAAGCAAUAUGAACUAACAUCCUAUAUUACCCAUUGAACGUAUCAAGCGAUCACCACUGAAGAACUCGCAUAUUUA